GAUGAGGGUGGUAAUGGAGAUAUUGACAGGAAAGCUUUUCUACAUCCAAGUCGGUGAUGAUGCAACUGUUGGUGAUCUAAAGAGAGAGAUUGGGGCACAGGAAAAGCUUCCUCAUGAUCGACUCAUCCUCAUCCUCGAUGAUUCCAAUCUCCACAUUCAUCUGCUGAAUCAAAACGAACUCUCCCUCGUUGAUUGUGGGGUCCAAGAUGGGUCCCACGUCUAUCUCUUCUUUGAUCCCCUUGAUGAUGGAUCCCCAUCAAUAUCUACUACUACUACUAGUCAUUUUCUUUUAGCUGCUAAUUCCUCAGAUUCUACCUUGUCUUAGGCUCUGUCCCAAAGCGUAUCAAAGGA